CACAAGAGUGCAACUGCUGUGAAGAAUUCACUCUUUUAUUGCCUAGUGACCUUCUUUUAUUUGAAGUGACGAAGUUGUGAUACAUCAUUCCGCAUGUAAAUAUAUUAAUCUCGUAGCCUGUGGAAUAUCAACUGUCUUGUAACAGUAUCAACUCCACCACAGACUCGAAGUGAAGAGAAAGGUGUUGCAAGACCUGACCGUAGGUGUCUUGACAGUGAAUAGAAAGACCAAGAAAGAACCACCAAGAACCACCAUCAGGAACACGAAUCCUUGGCGGAGGACAAAAAAAAGAAGGGGAAAAUAAUUAUUAAGAAAGUCGGAAGGUAGAAAGCAACAGGACAAUGCAGGUUCAAGGUACUAUGAUACGUGGCAGAUUCGUUAGGAGCUCCUUGGCCAUUGGACUGAUGAUCUCGGGAAAAGUCCUGCUUAUACCAGGAAUCAUUCUCAUCAUCUUUGGGAGUACCGCUGAUUGCGACGAUUAUGAUAUGAAUGAUACUUGCUCAACCCUAAUUAUCAUCGGGUCCCUCAUGCUAACAAGCGGACUCGGGGUGCUGGUGGCAGGAAUAGUGAUAUAUUAUCAAGUUCGAACGAAUCCAGUGAGGCUGCCUCUACUGCCGCAGGCUGUGAUGACCGUCGGCCCAGCUGGAUCGUAUCCGGGGAUUUCCCAGCCUGCGACAUUACACCCCUCGUCCACAACCUACGCAGUUCCUCCAGGGCAUAUGGCACAGGGCAUGCCGGCUCCGCCACCUUAUGGCCAGAUGCCCACGAGUAGUUAUCAGACCAACUAUGGUUUCGCCUCCGGUGAAAGCUAUCCCCCUCCAACGGAAUUUCGUCCAAAGCCUUAGGCCUAGAGAUCUGGAAUGGCAAAAAAAUUGAAGGAUAAAUCGUGUAGAAUAUUGUAGGACCUUCCUUGGGUGUUACAUAACGUUUUGCUGGAAGAUAAUUCCGCUUAGUUUCUUUGUUUAGCAUCUGAGUCAUUUGAAAAAAAAAAUUAAUACUGUCAUGAGGCUCGAUGACUUGAUUUUUUUCAGUAUUCGAAUUUGAUUUUUUAUGAUUAGACAAUAACUGCAC